AUGUAUCUAAAUUCAGUUCCACGUGCAUCUAGAUAUUUGAAUAAUUUAUUUUGUUGUUUUCUAUCUAUACCAGGAAUAACAAUGUUCAAUUUGCCAUUCGACGCUUGGCAAGCUGGAAAACAUAUGAGACCAGGGAGUUUUGCUGAUGCACUAAAAAAAUUAGCCGAAAAAGGAGAAGGAAAACGAAAAACUGAUGUUGUUAAUUCAUCUAACAAUGCUUACCCGUCUCAUUUACCACUACCACAAGCAUCAUCACUAACAACAUGUCAACACGGUGAUCAAACCAUUCGAUUAUAUUCACAGCAUUUGAGCGAGUUCGGGAAAAGGGAAGACCUUCGUCGAAUUUACGGACCAUAUGGUGAUACAACAAACGAUUUAUUUAAUUUUAUGUUGAUGAACAGACCGUACGAUUGGGACAAUUUAUCAUCGACAAAAUCGUAUUCCACGAAACAUACUAUUUCAUUAGAAAAAGUUGAAAAUGUAGAAUUCGAAUCGUUUCUAAAGUCAAAUGAAACUUCAGACAGUCAAGAGAUGUCAAAUAUUUCAUCGUCAAAUAAUCAACAGUAUUAUAAAAAUCAUAAAGGAUAUCCGAUACCAGAUUCAUUAGCAUUAGUUUCUGAUAAUGAUACUAAUACGAAUACUAAUGGAUGCAAAAAUUCCAAAACCUUUUUAGUCCAAAAUUUAACUCAAACAGCACAAUGCAGUAAACAAUCGAUAACAAAUGAGACGGAUACAUCAAAUAUUCUUAAUGCGCUCGAUUUAGCAAGCGCACAAGUCUCCAAAGAAGAUGAAUACAACAGUUACCAUUUUGAAAAUCUACAUGAUAAAUCAACACAACAAACCAUUUUAAAUGAGUCAGAUCGAAAAAGAAAAUCGAACAAUUCAAAAUUAAAACUUUCGCAUAAAAAGCAUUUCAAACGAGGUUCAAAAUUACUUUAA